AUGACGGUCGAACCUGCUACUAAGAAGAUUAAGCUAGAAUUAAGUGAUCCUAGUGAACCGCUUACUCAAUCUGAUGUAAUAGCGUUUCAAAAAGAAGCUUUGUUUAGGUGUAUAAAUCGUCGAAGAGUCGAUUUUGAAGCCUUACGAAAGCAAUAUGAUCUUUCGAGAAGAGAAUGCAUUGAAGUUUCCCGUAAGCUGGCUAAUAUCAUGGCGCUCAUUGUAACUUUAGCUAGGUUUAUCGAAGCAUUUUGCACGGACUCCAACGAAAAACAACUGUGCAAGGAGAUAGCUCAAGGAGAUGAGAUGGUGAUUGUUCAACGCAGUGAUUCCUUCAUGAAAUUAUUGACUAAAUAUGGUAAACCAAAUGUUACGGACGGUAAUGCGAAUAAUAAUGCUUCAGAUCACAUUCAAGAAUUAACAACAGAAUUAAAAAAUUUGCGGAAAAGUAAAGAAGAGCUCUUUUAUGAAAACUCGCAGUUGACCGAAGAGAUUUCCGCUUUGAAGGAAUAUUAUACAAACAUAAUUCGCAAAUAUGAUAGAAAUGAAUCUUUCACUAUAAAACGUGUCUUCAAAGAAGACAAAACGGAGGAUAUAAAGGAAGCGCGGGAACAUAAAAACACGUCCAUUGAGAAUAAUAUAAAGGCUGAGAAUCAAGAAUCUUUUGAAACUAAUGGUGACAAUAAGUCCGGUAAGGAAGCUGAUAAAUCUGAGCAGCAAGAGGAUAAACAAAAAGAGGAUGCCGAAAGUCAAAAGUUAGAGCUGGACCUAAAAUUUUCUGAUUUACGGGCAGAGAUAAGUUCUUUGAAGUCUACUAUCAAAGACCUUGAGAACAUCAGAAAAGAAAAUGAGGAAGAGCUCAUUAAAACGCGCUCCGAUAUAGCAGAUCUAAGAGGGCUACAGAAUACAGCGGCAAAGCAAGAUACAAAUUUUAAGUCCUAUGACCAUGAAUGCUUGCUAAAAAAGAUUCAGCAUUUGACAGAGCAAAACGAGGAAUUAUCCGAAGUCAAUGGUUCAUUUCUAUCGAAAUUUCAAAUGUUAGCCAAGGAGAAGGAAGUGUAUACAAAUAAAGUUCGAGAAGAAUUUCAGAAAAGCCUAGAUCCACUAGUUGAAAUGAAUAACUCAUUAGAAAAAGAUGUUGUAAGAAUCAGAACUGCCCGUGAUGACUUACUAAGUAAAAUUGCCAUUUUGGAAGCUGAAAAGUCGAAGACAGAGGUAUUAAGCGAUAUUCAGCAUGCGAUUGACAUUCUAAAGGAGCAAUGGACUAAAAUUGAACAAAGAUCGAACGACAAAAAAACCUUGCCAACUCAAGACGCAUUAAUAAACGAAAUUCAAGAUCUUGAAAAGGGCUUCAGAGAAUUAUCUGAUUUAACUCAUAAAAAGUACUCCGAGAUAAUCAACCAUGAAUCCGUCAUAUCAAAGCUUACAGUGGAGAAAACGAAAGCUGAUCAAAAAUAUUUUGCUGCAAUGAGAUCUAAGGACUCCAUUUUAAUUGAGAUCAAGAAUCUUUCUAAAAGCCUAAGUAAGUCGAAUGAAUUGAUUUUACAAUUGAAGGAUUCGGAUAGAUUGCUACAACAAAAGAUUGGAAACUUACAUAAACAACUAGAUCUCUCCCAAAAUAAUGAACGAAGGUUGAUGGACUCUAGUAAAACAGAGACACUAAAAAUAAUUGACUUAAACAAUACAUCAACCAAACUGAAAAGGUCGUUAGAGAAGCUGCAAGAUGAAAGUAACAAGAGCAUCGCAGAUAUAACGCAUUUAGAAACUAAACUAAAUGAUACAGAAAUUGAAUUGAAACAUUUCAAGCUGAAGGCAUCACAUUUAGAAGCUAAGUGUGAAAAGCUACAUGACACACUAUUCAAUGGUAACAACAAAAACAAGAGCUCAAGCGACGAAGCACUCGUGGAAGAACUAGCAAAUUUCCGUACCUUAGUUUAUUGUUCCUUGUGCUCUAAAAACUGGAAGAAUAUGGCUAUCAAGACUUGCGGUCAUGUCUUCUGUGAAAAUUGCUGUAAAGAAAGGUUGGCAGCAAGGAUGAGAAAAUGCCCCACAUGCAACAAAGCAUUCAGUUCCAAUGAUUUAUUAACAGUGCACUUGUAA